AUGGUUCACCUCGCUCAAGUCCACCGCGAUAGUUCGGUCGAUCAACGCCUUGACUCGCUCUCACUCGAGAGCGAGGAAGAUGGCCCUUACUCCAGUGUGUAUGGCACGCGCUUCGCGGCGGAGCAGCUGCCGUUGACGGAGAUGCCGGAGCGCGAGAUGCCCCGUGAGGUGGCGUACCGGAUGAUCAAGGACGAGCUGAGUCUGGACGGGAAUCCGAUUCUCAACCUGGCGAGUUUCGUCACGACCUACAUGGAAGAGGAGGCCGAAAAACUCAUGGCCGAGUCCCUCAGUAAAAACUUCAUCGACUACGAAGAAUACCCCCAAACCGCCGAGAUCCAAAACCGCUGCGUGAACAUGAUCGCGCGCCUCUUCAACGCGCCCACAGACUCCACCAACGACCACCCAAUGGGCACCUCUACCGUUGGCUCCUCCGAAGCCAUCAUGCUCGGCUCCCUCGCCCUCAAACGCCGCUGGCAGCACAAGCGCAAAGCCGCGGGCCAAGACACCUCCCGCCCCAACAUCAUCAUGAACAGCGCCGUGCAAGUCUGCUGGGAAAAAGCCGCGCGCUACUUCGACAUCGAAGAGCGCUACGUCUACUGCACAGACGAGCGCUACGUCAUCGACCCCCAGCAAGCCGUCGACCUCGUCGACGAAAACACCAUCGGUAUCUGCGCCAUCCUCGGCACAACCUACACCGGCGAGUACGAGGAUAUCAAAGCCAUCAACGACCUGCUGGUCGAGCGCGACCUCGACUGCCCCAUCCACGUCGACGCCGCCAGCGGCGGCUUCGUCGCCCCCUUCGUCGCCCCGUCGCUGGAGUGGGACUUCCGGCUGGAGAAGGUCGUCUCGAUCAACGUGUCAGGCCACAAGUACGGGCUCGUCUACCCGGGCGUGGGGUGGGUCGUCUGGCGCUCGCCGGAGUACCUCCCGCAAGAUCUCAUCUUCAACAUCAACUACCUGGGCGCGGAGCAAGCGAGUUUCACGCUCAACUUUUCCAAGGGCGCGUCGCAGGUCAUCGGCCAGUACUACCAGAUGAUCCGGCUCGGCCGGCGCGGCUUCCGCGCGAUCAUGGUGAACAUCACCCGCAUCGCGGACUACCUCGCCGAGCAGCUGGAGAAGCUGGGCUUCCAGAUCCUGAGCCAGGGCGGGGGGCGCGGUCUGCCCGUCGUGGCGUUCAAGCUGGCGAACAAGGAAGAGGGCCAUUUCGACGAGACGACGUUGGCGCACCAGCUGCGGGAGAGGGGGUGGAUCGUGCCUGCUUAUACGAUGGCGCCGAAUAGUGGCUCGAUGAAGCUGAUGCGGGUUGUUGUGCGCGAGGACUUUAGUAUGAGCCGGUGUGAUGCGCUGUUGGCGGAUUUUAAGCUCGCGCUGAAGACGCUGAGUGAUAUGGAUGAGGAGAUGGUGAAGAAGUUUCAGCGACACGUCCAAACGCACACUGUCCACUCGCAUAAAGCGAAUCACAGUCACCCGCACUACAAGGGGGAGACGCACUCGCUGCAGGGCAAGUCGGGGAAGACGCAUGGAGUUUGCUGA